AUGGAACUGAAAGGAAAAAUCCCACAUCCCAGAAACCCGGACCAUGCACACAAAGUCUCAUCGGGCGGUAGUUCCCACAGUUGGAAGAUCACCCUUGGACUAUCCGCCGCGAUCCAAGGGCUCAAACUAAAGGCUGGUUUGUUCGCCAUGGCGAAUCGUAAUUUCACCCGCGCUUGGUCUGUUCGCACUGAUACCCGAAUUGGUACGCGGUACCUUUGA